AUGUCGACCAAGACCACUUAUCAUACUUUUUGUCAAUUAGACGAUCCCGCUAAUAUUUCUGUCUACGAAAGCAAGUCCACGGUGGAUGAAUUCACUGCGAAAGUAUUCACAGAGUCCGAAUCGUUUAAACAGCACAUUAAUACAACAUCACGCCCGCAAUUACGCAUUGUCUCGAUCCACUCUGUCUCGUCGCUUAGCCCGCUGAAAAUUUCAAGAGACGCACUUGAAGCUCUACUGGAUAAAUACAAUGUCGGACCGGGUCUAUGGGAUUUGGUUUCAACAUUCGGCAACAAACCACUGAGUGCUGCUGCGGGAGAAGGAGCACUGAGAACUGAAGGUGGCUCAGGUGGAAUUCAAGGUAGAUUUUCCCGGAUAAAGGCUUUCAUAAUUAAGAUGUCUAAAAAAGUACCAGAAAUCUCUUAUAGGUUCACAUUCCCAGUGACAGGAGGUCCCGGUCGCUGGACUAUGAGACAAGCUGGCAUAUUCCACCGCCAAAAUCCCAAGAACACCGAAAGCCUUUGGAUAUUCUUGCAUGUGGGCACAGAUACGCCCAUGCAGAAAGAGCUCAGUGCUUUCUCUUCAAAUUCCCACAAGAACCUGCUCGCAGAUACCAUCUGGUUCACCCUCCAUCAAGCUGUCUUGAAAUCAUGUCUUAACGAUUGGCGCUCUUACAUUAACUUUCUUGGCAAGGAGGUGGAUCGACACUUUGAUAGGACAUUAAGCUUCAUUCACGAAAGCAUGAAUAAUACUAAACGAUCAGAUGGCGAUGGUAAUAUUGCAGACAUCCAUAAUGCACGCAACCGCCUCCUUGAAAUCCCAUCCCAGUUGAUGACGACCCUGGAAACCCUUCAGAAGCUUGAAACUAUAAGUCGUGAUUCUGCGUCUCAGCAAAAGAAUAAGGAUAAUGGCUUUGGAAAACUUGCUACAAGUGCAAUAUACCACAAAGAUCAUCUCGAGCCACUUCUUAAUGGUGUUGAAAUUAUCAAGGAGAGGGUAAAGGAUACAUUGAACAUAAUUGAAAUAAGUCUGAGCUUCAGGAUGACCAGCAAGAUGCUUGAUCUUAACAAUCGAAUGGUCGAUGUGAACAAGAGCAUGCUCGAUGCGAACAAACAGCUGCUCCAACUGGGAAACAGAAAUUUUGACGACAAUGCUACUGUCAGGAUCGUGACACUUGUGACACUUAUUUACUUACCCGCAAGCCUCGUGUCGUCGGUUAUUGGGAUGAACUUGUUUAAUUUCGAAGAAAACACAGGAGAGCUCAUAAUAUCAAAGCAAUUCUGGAUUUUCGUCGUUGCUACAAUCAUCUUGGCUAUCAUCACCCUUGGUGGAUGGUAUGUAUGGACUCAUCAAGAGGUAGUACUAAGGCGCAAGUCUCUCCGUCCCGGGAAAGAUACACCACAAAGUGCUGAGCAAGAUAUUGAGCUCGAUGACAAUUGA